GGCAUUUGGCAGGUAUAUCCACUCUCUGGUGAUAAGAGAUUUCCUCCCGUCUUCUGUUCUUCAUACAGCGAAGUACAACAAUGGCGACUAUUCCAUGUACUGUUCAACUCAUCUUCGCGAGUACAGACACAAAACCCAUGAACAGUUCGAUCCCAGUUCUUGGUAAACUCAAUUCACAGUUUAUGGGAAUGCGUAAAGGACUCGGGUUUUGCAGGCGAACUUCAAGAAUUGGACCUAGUUGUGGUUCAAGAACCACCUGUUGGUUCAAGUUCGGUAAAAAUGGCGUCGAUUCGGAGGGUGCUGGUAUUUACGGCAGUCAAUCCCGCGACGAUUUUGAUCGGGAUGAUGUCGAACAGUACUUCAAUUACAUGGGUAUGCUUGCUGUCGAGGGAACAUAUGAUAAGAUGGAAGCUCUGUUAAGCAUGAACAUUCACCCUGCUGACAUUUUGUUGAUGAUGGCUGCCUCUGAAGGCGACAAGCCCAAAAUAGAGGAGCUGUUGAAAGCUGGAGCCAAAUAUGAUGUCAAAGAUGCUGGUGGAAAGACUGCACUUGAUAAAGCAGUAAACGAUGAAAUCAAAAACUUCAUUCUAAGUUUUACCACUCAAAAGGUUCACCACCUACCACCCAAUUAA